CGCCGCGUGGGUGCCUUUGCUCUGCGAGGAGUUUCAGCUCGUAUUUUGCUCGUUUGUCAGCUUUAAACGUGGAGUACCGCGGGGUUUGAGUAGGGCCUUAAACACCAGCGGCUUCCAGCUAGGUCAGUGAAACUGAGCUGGCGUUAGCGGCCGUUCCCCUGUGUGCGCAGCCUGCUAGCACAUUUUAAGAAGAAAUUGGCUUCAAUUCCGGGCAUCUGGCUCGCGGGAACGAGCGGAGACACAGCCAGAGAUUGAGUGGGUGCAGAUCAGAGCAGUUCUGUUUCUGUUUUGGCUACCUAGUGAGCUGGCAACCAUGAAUGAAUGGAUGAAGAAGGGCCCCUUAGAAUGGCAAGAUUACACUUACAAAGAAGUCAGAGUCACAGCCAGUGAGAAGGAGUAUACAGGAUGGGUUUUAACCACAGAUCCAGUCUCUGCCAAUAUUGUCCUCGUGAACUUCCUUGAAGAUGGCAGCAUGUCUGUGACCGGAAUUAUGGGACAUGCCGUGCAGUUUGUUGAAAUUGUGAAUGAAGGAGACGAUGGAGUAAGAGAGAAGUUGAUGCACUUGUUUAUGUCUGGAGACUGCAGUGCAUACAGCCCUGAGGAUCUGGAAAAGAGAAAGAACAGCUUAAAGAAAUGGCUGGAAAAGAACCACAUUCCUAUCACGGAACAGGGCGACUUGCAAAGGACUCUCUGUGUGGCUGGGGUCUUGACUAUAGACCCCCCAUAUGGCCCAGAAAAUUGCAGCAGUUCUAAUGAGAUUAUUUUGUCCCGUGUUCAGGAUCUUAUUCGAGGACAUCUUGCAGCUUCCCAAUGAAAGGCUGAAAAUAGGAGGCGUUGAUUGAGGACAUCUUUUUUUCCAAUACAAUGUAUUGAAUGUUAAGUCUGUUAUAUUACAGGACUUUCAAGGUACAUGAAUAUGUAUGUUUUGUUUUUGGGAAAAUUAAAGCUUUGGAUUAUGAGUGUUACUAAGUGAACUGGGUCAAGAAUGGCUUCAGACAAAACAAAAUUAGAACAGGGAUGUCAGAAUUUUAAGUGUCUUUUGAUGCGGCCAUAUACCUCCG